AUGGCGGAGCCCCACACUCCCCGUAAUACCAUCACCACGAAGCUUCCAUGGGAGAUACUAUUUUUACAGAUACUUCCAAGGCUGCCGGUCAAAGCUCUACCCAAUGCAAUGUGUGUUUGCAAGAAAUGGUACUUGUACCUCAAAUCGGGAGCUUUUGCCAGCACGUACCAUCACCACGUGGUUAGCAACGAUGAUCAUCAAAACCACCACAAAUAUCUGGUUGUAUCUACCACCCAACGACAUAUGUAUAGCAUCGACUGUGAAACACCUAAAGAUGGUUUGGUGGUGGCCCGUAAUUUACCAUUUUUUUUACCAUUUAUGGGAAACAUGUCGAUCUUAACAUCUUUGCAUGGACUAUUAUGCAUAGGCACAAUCCAGCCCCAAAAUCCUGGCGAAUAUUAUGAUCUUAUUUUAUGGAAUCCUUUGACAGGUGACUAUAAGAUGUUGUCUGAACCUAAAAAGGGUUGUUAUCACAAAGAAUGUUACAAGAUCUCUGAAGGUAUAUUCGGGUUGUAUUAUAUCUCUUCUGAUGACGACUACAGGCUUUUACGUGUAACCCAUCAUCUCAAUAUUUAUAUAUACUCCUUGAAAUCCAACUCAUGGAGAAUGGUUGAGUCAACAGCGGACUUCCAACAAAGGGCUUCCGAAUGGACUUCGCGUGGAAGUUACUGGGAGCAGCCAAGUCAUAUUCUAUUGAAUGAAAAACUCAAUUUCUUAAAACAAGUGGAUAGAGGAGGAACCUUUAUUCUCUCAUAUUCAGUUAUGAGGUUUGACACGAAGACGGAAAAGUUCACAGAGAUAUCAAUUCCCUCAUUCGGUAACCAAAUGACAAACUGUUUGGGUUUCAUGGUUCUAGGAGGGCGCAUCCACUUCUGUGUGGCCAUUCUCAUUGAGGAAGAAAAUUAUAUGACAAAUCGACGAUAUUAUGAAAUAAUCGAGCUGUGGAGGAUGGAUGGAGAUGGAUAUUGGACGAAGGUGUUAACUUAUGGCCCGAUGUCGUUUUUUCUUUGGGGUCGAUCGAUACUGCACUGGAUGAGGAAUGGAAAUUUGCUCAUACGACAUCUAGACAGUGUUUACCUGUUAGAUAUGAAGAAGCAUACCAAAGAAAUGAUCUUUACAUGUCAAAGCAUGGAUUCCAAAAUCCCUCCAACAGGGAAAUACGUCGAAACUACCGUGUCACCCAAUCAACGCCACGUAUAUGUAUGA